AUGGCAGAGAUGUACGAGGCUUGGAUGAGGGGACAAGCUCCACCGUCUUCAAUUUGCUUGUACCCUCACACUCAUCAGUAUAGUUCCCCUGUUGAAGCUAAAAGAGCUGUUAAAAAUGAGGAACAUGAAGAAAUGUCUACAAAAAUGAAAUGUUUCGAACAGAAUGUAAGAGAUAUGCGAGGAUUUGGAGGUCACAAAAGUGUCUCAAUCAAUUAUUUAUGCAUGGUUCCCCAUGUUCAUCUAUCCAUUGAUUUUAAAACUCCAGUAUUUGAGAAGUAUGAUGGACAUGGAAAUCCUUUUAUAGAUCAAGAUACUUCUAACUGGCAUACAUGGGAUGAUUUGGCUCGAUAUUUUGGUCAACAAUUUCAAUAUAACAUUGACAUAGUUCCAGAUCGUACCUUACUGGCCAACAUGAGAAAAAAAACCAUCGAAAAUUUUCGUGAAUAUGCUAUAAGGUGGAGGGAGCAAGUUACGACGGUUAAGCCGCCAAUGAAAGAGUCUGAAAUGAUUGUUGUUUUCCUCCAAGCGCAAGAACCAAACUACUUUCAUUAUUUACUUUCUAUUGUUGGCAAAACAUUUGCUAAAGUUAUUAAGAUUGGUGAAUUGGUGGAAAAUAGCAUUAAGCUUGGAAGGAUUGUAAGUCAAGCUGCCUUGAAAGCCACAACACAGGUGAUUAAAAAUGGAUCAGGAAAUCUUGGAGGAAAGAAACUGAAAGAGGAUGUAGUGAAUGUUGUGUCAGACAAACAAAAAAGUCCAAGCAGUCCAUUUUAUCAAUAUGCACCACCUCAAUACCAUUACUAUAUCCCCAUGCAAAAUACACAAUACUCUAUGAUCCCACCUCAAUAUGCAGUCUCUAGUGCACAACCACAUGUAUAUCCACCAAACAAUUAUCAAUAG